AUGUGGUUGGCAGAGUUUACGCACCAUCUGUUGCCUGCACACCUAUCAAAUCGGCAAGGAAACGCAACCAUCGCCACCCGCCGUGGUCUUUUAAUGUGGAUGUUAUGUUCCUACUGGCCAUUUACAGUGAUGUCCAGCCAGAACUACAACCCGACUGUGAACACCCAGUUUGGGAAGCUGAGGGGCCUCCGGGUUGCGGUGCCAGGCGAGGUCCUUAAGCCCGUUGAUCAGUACCUUGGGGUGCCGUACGCUGCCCCCCCUAUCGGGGAGAAGCGCUUCAUGCCCCCAGAGCAGCCCUCCUCCUGGUCAGGGAUCAAGAAUGCUACCCACUUCAUGCCCGUGUGCCCUCAGAACAUCCGCAACACAGUGCCCGAGAUCAUGAUGCCCAUAUGGUUUACCUAUAACCUGGACACAGUGGCCAACCUCAUUCAGGAUCAGAACGAGGACUGUUUGUAUUUAAACAUCUAUAUUCCGACAGAGGAUGGUGAGUGGAGUGGGUAAAAUGGACCAAAGGGACAAUCCAUGUUGUUUCCUGUAUUGCCCUUGCUGUCACCUUGCAAUCAUCAUGUUUUGCUCAUGCAGCAGUUGUCAUUGUGCAUCUCAUUUGUGCCACCCCAAGUUGUUUUCUUAUCCAAAGUCAUGUCACCAACUCCUCUUCACCCCGUUACAAUGUUGGCUCCGUUCCUUGUGUUCCCUAAGGGGAAAAUCACACACUGAUAUAAAACCUAUUAUUGCGUCAGACAACUAAUAAUUUAAAGUCAGAAUAUAGCCAACAACAUGGCCUAACCUAACUACUUUGAAUGGCUCAAAUGUUAUGAUAAAUCAGACUCAGACAUUUGUUAGGCCGGUGAAAUAUGUAUUAUUGUGCACUAGAUGCCUGUUGUUUACAAUGUGAGCGCCUUAACAGUGUAAGAAUCUGAGAUGCAAUACAUUUAUAUAUUUGUAUACUAUGGAUCUGUAGAUCAAUAUUAACUUGACAAAUUCCGAGGUGCUUAAUCUCCAGUAAACACUAUUGUGAUUGAUAAACACAUUUCCUUUCCUUAAGUAUUAGGGCUCAUACAAUAUACAGACAGAGUGCAUGUGAAAAUGGACAGUGUGCAGCAUUGUGAAAUCAUUAUGAUUAUUAUUAAAUUGGAUGAAUAUCUCUAAACCCCCUAUCCCACUACCUCCCUUGUAUAGUUCCUGUGGUGAUGCCAAGUGAACUGGGUUGGGUGCCUGCAUGCUUCUUCCAGUUUUCACAGCCUUCUGUUAUUUCGUAGUCUUUCGUUAAUUUUUCAGUCAAAAGAACAUCCAAGGAAUGUGCCAGAAAACCCAACAAGAAAGUAUGUAGAGAAGAAGGUAUGUAAGCUAACAAAGGAGUAAAAAGGAGCAAAGUGACUUGGGAGUUGGCUCAAAACCAAGAUCACAGCAUCAUCGUAUUUUAAAAUCAAACACAGCAGAAACCGAUAAAUGUUGGUCAGAGGUGUGUGCGUCCGUCCAUGCGUGAGAGUGUGUGUGUGUGCAUCUGCUGUGAGAAAUUAACAUCCACCCAUGACAUGUUUAUUUGAAAAGCACAUUUAUUUAUAUAAUUUUUGUAUUUGUUAUUAUUGGAAAGCCAUCUAUGAAAGAAAUCAACAUAUUGAUGUCAAAAGUUACUGUUUGUACAAUAUGUAAAUCUAUUUUUUUCUGAAUGCAUCAUGACAAAGAAAAGGAGAGUAUAUCAUAUCUUCCCUCAAAUUAUGCAUAGCCUAUGUUUACUACAGACAAACAUCCUUUGUUUUUACAGUAAUGCCAUUUUUGCCAGAUUUUCUGAGACACAGAUUGGGAUAUCACUAUCUUCCUUCCUUGGUGGUCAAUCAUGCUAUUUUUGAAUUCUCUUGUACUUUUUUGUUUUUUUCCCUCCCUAAUGUGAAUCCUAGGGGCCCACAGCAAGAGUCAAGGAGCGGAUUUCUCUCAUGGUGACAGUGAAGGUAUUUUUGAUGCUCAAAGUUGAAUGCAAUAGUUUUUUUUUGGGGGGGGGGUUUGGAAACUUUUUGACUUUUGAUAUUUUCACAGACUUUCGUCUUCGAUCUCACCUUUAACAACUCAGAAGUGGUUCAACCUUAGUUUAUCAGUGGGCAUGCCAAGUCAAUUAUAAGUCACUUUAUUCUCUCAGCGUCUUAGCUAUUUCACUCUUAAUUGAUUUGAUUUGGACAUCCAUAUCAUAUUUGCAGUAUUUUUUGUGUCAUGGACUUUUUUGGGACACUGAAUACUGAUUUUGUCCUCUAACAGCCCCCUUGAAGACAAAUGCUGGUCAAUUUGUCAUUGAUCCCACAUUUACUCAAUUUGAACAAUGACUCACAUGGGUUAUUUCUUGUGUCUUUGUGGCUAUACCAAUCAACAAAGAGCUUAUUUUUUAGCACUAUAAAUUGAAUGGGAGUGCAAUAAAUGCACAUAUACAGUACCUCUUCAUGUUUUGAAAAGUGAACAUUUUGCUGUGUCUUCUAGGGAUCACAGACAGUGCUGUCUAUAACCAACUAUAUCUUAUCUCAAAGUCUCCUCCACUACUUCUCUGUGGGUCUCAUUGGAGGUCCGUACAAGUGACUCAUGAGGAUGAAGCUAUUACUAUUCACUACAUACCGUACUGUUCAGAAGAUUGACUGUGAUGUAGGAAAUGGGUGUCCUUAUGUUAUUUUAUGGAAACUCACGCCUUUCUCACAUUGACACUGAACUUACAAUUCAGGUCAUAGGCCUUAUUCUUUUUGUGAGCAAAUUUGUAUUUUGCAAUUUUUUCGUUGGGGCGGGGAGAGCGGUUAUAUUGUGAGGAGGGGUUAUAUGCCUUAUUCUGACGAAAAAACUAUAUUUAGUAGUUGUUGUUUUAGAUGCAGAGAAAAUCAGGUCCUGCAAUUUAACCACUAUUAUGACAAAUUCAUUGAUAGGAGCGUGGUGCACAGAAACGACCACCUUGCCUGAAGAAGCAUGCUCUGUUGAACAUAAUGAACACAUAGUAUUAACCAGAUAUACUUUAGAGAUACUAAAUGUGAAAACAGUAUAUUGCUAAUAUUAGAAUAUGGCUCAGGCUCUAGUAUAAACACAGUUUUGUGGGGGCAAAACAUUGAGAUUGACAUAAUAUAGAUCCCUGUUAGGCCUGUAUGAGUACUGUCCUUGCUUUGCAUUCUUGUCUCCAUUGGUGCGUCACAACCACGACCCUAAUCACCCAAGCACAUCUGCUAAAAUCAAUACCAUUACCUUGAGCUUACCUUCAGCUUUAGUGGUGUAAAUGUUGCUGAGUCUACUUUCUGGGAGGAGUUACAAUAUUCUGAUGUUGCAUUGCAUUACCUUGCCUGUAAAGCUUUACCGUACAAAUAGUAAAUGGCUGAUUCUCUCUGCAGACAUUCGGAACACUGAGGCUAGGCCUGUGAUGGUCUACAUCCAUGGAGGAUCCUACAUGGAGGGGACAGGGAAUAUGAUCGAUGGGAGUGUGCUGGCCAGCUAUGGGAAUGUCAUCGUCAUCACUCUCAACUAUAGGGUCGGAGUACUAGGUGAUGGGAUUCUCUUACUAUCUCUGAAUGGUGUUUGUGGACAUCCUUUUCAGUCUAGAAGAUACAUUUUCUUCUUCUCAUAACGUUGAUCUCCCCACAGAGAUCCUAUUAAUAUGUAAGUCUAUGGAUCUCGCUCCCUCCACAGAGUUUAUGCCAGUUAUUCAAACUUAAAUUAAUUUGUUACAUUUCUAUCAUUUGCUAUAUAAGUCAUUUUCUCCUGGUGUAUAAUGUAUAAUCCCAGGUUAUGAAGGCAAGGUCUUUUUCAGGAUGUUAUUGUAUUGAGGAGGGAGUAAGAUUAGAAAUACAACAACGUCAGAGGGCAAUGGUUGUGACUAUUCAUCACCUACUUGGUGUAUACAAGCUACAAUAUUCCAAAACACUGUUUCAAUUACUGUAAAUCUUUUUUGAGGUGAAUUUAACUAACCUGCAGAGAAAUAGACCGCUUUUGGCAGGCCUGGAAGACUUAUUUAAAUAAGAAGGGAUGCAGGAAUCACAGCCAAGGUCUGGAGUCUUUCUUGUAGGAGUGACAUCACAGCUGUAACACUUCAUGUAUUUUUGUGCGAGGGGCGGAAAGGGCCUGCCCCCCUCUCUGUGAUUGAUACAGCAUAGUGGAGAAAGCAUAUUGGAGAAAAGGACAGGUUGCAACUCAAGGAGCCGUGCAGUGAGAGUAUCCUUAUGAAAAGGUGGAGGAGGAGGAGGAGGAGGAGGAGGAGGAGGAGGAGGAGGAGGAGGAGGAGAAGGAUAUACUGAGCUAGGUAUUUAACCUGCUCUGGUAUGGUGAAUCUCAGAUAAAAGUGUGAAAAGAACUUAAUAUAUUCUCUUCUCUACAUUCCAGGCUUCCUCAGUACAGGUGACCAGGCAGCUAAAGGAAACUAUGGACUCCUGGACCAGAUCCAAGCCCUGCGUUGGAUCAGCAAGAACAUCGGCUAUUUUGGAGGAGACCCUGGUCGCAUCACUGUCUUUGGAUCUGGGAUCGGAGCCUCCUGCGUCAGCCUGCUCACACUGUCCCACCACUCUGAGGGUAAGACUAAGACUCAACCUGGAUAG